GCCUUUUUUAUCCUUCCAGAUCAGAAGAGACCCAUUUGAGCUCAGGUCGAGACCCCGAGUAAGGUUCAAGCGUUUGGUUAGUUCCAAUGGCCUCCUUUACUGUUCCCUGCCCGAAAUGUGUUUCUCCUCUCCGCUUAGGAUUGAACUCCCAGAAUCUGCAGCGGCCGAGGCAGUCCAGCUUGAAGCCAUGCCAAUCCUUGCCAGCUUCGUUCUCUGAUCCAGCGUUGUUUGGCAGUCGGAGCCUUAACAGGAAGCAACUUCCUUCCUUAAAGCUUCAAGCACAACCGAAUGAGGCUACUGCUAUCAAAGAUUCUUCAAACUCUGCUCCCAUGCCUAACAUCGGAUCUGACGUUGCAUCAUCGCAAGAAAAAGAUGAUGGGAAGCUCUCUGGUCCAAGCACUUCUGUGGAUGAAGCUUCAGUUUCUGCAUUCAUGAGUCAAGUAUCCAAUCUUGUCAAACUUGUCGAUUCCAGAGAUAUUGUGGAGCUGCAACUUAAGCAAUCAGACUAUGAGCUUUUGAUAAGGAAAAAGGAAGCUUUGCAGCCUCCACCAACCACAGCAGUAGCUCCAGCCCCUCCAUCUCUACCCUAUCCCCCAUUUCCUUCUCCACCACCAUCUCCUGCUCCUGCUCCUGCUCCUGCUCCUGCAAGCCCUCCAACUUCAAAAGCUUCACCUGCCUCACCGUCCCCAGGGAAAGCAAGCACCUCAUCUCAUCCGCCAUUGAAAAGUCCAAUGGCUGGAACCUUUUAUCGAAGCCCAGGACCUGGUGAACCGCCAUUUGUAAAGGUGGGAGACAAAGUGCAGAAAGGCCAGGUCUUAUGCAUUAUUGAGGCUAUGAAACUGAUGAAUGAAAUUGAAGCUGAUCAAUCAGGAACUAUAGCUGAGGUACUCUUGGAAGAUGGGAAACCAGUCAGUGUAGAUACGCCGCUUUUUGUAAUUGCACCAUGAGUAACAGGAGGGACCUUCUUCAAAGUUGUGGGCAACCCCCUUUGUUGGGUAAAAUGAGGAUUUUCUGAAUUUUUUUAUGAGUUCCUUUGGUGUGUAACUUAACUUACUUCUGUUAAUCUCACUUUUAAAAUCUGUGCUUCUUCAUCCUUGCCUAUUUAUUCUAAGGUACCUUUUAUUCAUGAGGUCUUCAACUUGUUGAAAUGAACUCCGGACAAAGUUGCAGUCUUAAGUAGUCUGGUGCUUUUGUAGUUUAGAAUAAUACUGUUGAAUAUUUUGCCAUCUGCUGCUAUGAGCAUUUUUCUGAAGCUGAGAGAUGGAAUUGUACCCAAAAUAAUGUUUGUUUUAUAUUUGAGCAUAUCUUAUUCUUGGAGUCUCCUCA